UUGUGGUAAACAUCUUAGAUGGUCUUCAGUGAGAGGGUUAUAAUGUACAGCUUUCUACGGUAUAGGAUGACGAUGGUUUUAUCUGGUGCAAUUUGAUAACGGCCGUCAAAUGGGAUUUUCGUAGGAAUUAAGGGCCCUGAUAUUGCUUAAAAUCGUCAGGUUGGUGAUAACAAGGGAACCAUGUCAACACCACUGUCUGCCAUUUUCUUUCUGCUUGACUCAAAACACCAACAUCCUCCACCACCUGCCAAGUAGUGAUGGUGAGAUCCUGCAGCAUAUCUAGCUAGCUGACUGCAUGAGAGUCAACGAAACUAGCGGCCUCGAGCUCAGAAUCACAUGCUGGCAGAGCACAAGUGUUUGCGAGAUAAACAGAGGCAGUGCUGCUUACAGCAACACUGAUAAGCCAAUGCAGAAACCAUAUGCCCAUAUUUUCUCAAUUUUAUUGGGCCUGGCUUGCAGCCUGAAUCUUAUUUUUUUACUGGAUGAAAUGUGUAUAUUAUAGUGUAAGUGGUGUCAGAAAUGCAGUGAUUGGACUUUUAAACCUACACUUGUGAAAUCAGCCAGCUCAACAACCACAAAACACAAUGGCUUCCGGUGACCACAAAGAGACCGGGAAUGAACUGUCAGAACACCUUCAAAUGGAUCAUGAGUUGAGUCAAAAUCAGGACCCUGCUGGGACUAACUUCAAGUCCAAAAGUUUGCCCUCUCUGAAUGACUCAGGCCAGCAAAGCAAGGCCUUGUUGACUAAGUCUAUGCAGCAACAGGUGUCAAUAACGGAGGACAAGAGUACUGAAUUCAUCCAACUCCCACAGAGGAUCAACCUGAACCAACCUUUACCUGAAUCCCCCACCAGGACUAAUGUUAACUAUUCCCCUUCCAGGUCUAGUGUGGUGGGGAUGAGUCGUUCAAUUAACACAGAGACGCAGGUCAGCAAACCCAGGUGUAAAAAUCCUACGAGGCAAGGCUUCAUUGCCUCGAGACUACCCCUGAUGCGUUUACCCACUAGGAAAUACAUGAGUGUGAUUCUCGAAGACUCACGCUGUUUUUUAUGCUGCAUGUGCUACCUGACAUUUUUCCAGUCACUGAUGGUGUCUGGCUACCUUAGCAGUGUAAUCACCACCAUAGAGAAGAGGUACAGCCUCCGGAGCUCUGAGUCUGGUCUGCUCGUCAGCUGCUUUGACAUAGGUAGUCUGCUGGUGGUGGUUUUCAUCAGUUACUUCGGAGGCCGAGGGCAGAGGCCCAGAUGGUUGGCCGUGGGUGCAGUGUUUAUAGCCGUCGGAGCAGCACUCUUCUCCUUGCCUCACUUCAUCUCCCCUCCGUACCAAAUCCUGGAGGUGAACUCAUCACGGGGCAAUGAAGGACUGUGUAUGAACAACAACGGCAGUGGCAAGGACUUCCUGGAUUUGUCCUCCUGCCCCAGAGACCAAGAGGGUAAUGAACACAACCUGUACGUGGCCCUAUUCAUCAUAGCACAGAUCCUGGUGGGUAUGGGGUCAACGCCCAUCUACACCCUGGGACCCACCUACCUGGACGACAACGUCAAGAAAGAGAACGCCUCACUUUAUCUUGCUGUCAUGUAUGUGAUGGGAGCCCUGGGUCCGGCUGCUGGGUACCUGCUAGGAGGAGUUCUCAUCGGCUUCUACGUCGACCCCAAGACUGUGGUCAACAUAGAUCAGAGCGACCCUCGCUUUAUUGGCAACUGGUGGAGCGGAUUCCUGCUCUGUUCUGUCGCCAUGCUGCUGGUCAUCUUCCCCAUGUUCACCUUCCCCAAGAAGCUGCCUCCCAGAAACAACAAGAAGAAGAAGAGGAAAAAGAUCAGCCUGGACAACGUGUCCAGUGAUGAUGAGAUCACCAAGGAGAAGACCAACAGCAAGAGCCAGACAGUUACAUCGUCCAUGGGCUUUGGGAAAGACAUCAAAGAGCUGCCUAAGGCUGCAGUGAGGAUCCUGAGUAAUGUCACCUUCCUGUUUGUGAGCCUGUCCUACACUGCAGAGAGCGCCAUCGUCACCGCCUUCAUCACCUUCAUACCCAAGUUCAUAGAAUCUCAGUUCGGCAUCCCAGCGUCCAGCGCUAGUAUCUACACAGGUGUGAUCAUCGUGCCCAGUGCUGGGGUGGGGAUAGUACUGGGGGGCUACAUCAUUAAGAAGCUGAAGCUGGGAGCCAGAGAGUCAGCCAAGCUGGCCAUGAUCUGUAGUGGGGUCUCUCUGCUCUGCUUCUCUACUCUGUUCAUAGUGGGCUGUGAGAGCAUCAACCUGGGAGGCAUCAACAUUCCAUACACCACCGGUCCUACUCUGACUAUGACCCAUCGUAACCUGACUGGAGGGUGUAACGUGAACUGUGGCUGUAAGAUCCAUGAGUACGCUCCGGUCUGUGGCUCUGAUGGCAUCACAUACUUUAACCCCUGCCUGGCAGGCUGUAGCAGUGUGGGCAACGACAGCAAAGGAAUCCGGAACUACUCGGACUGUGCGUGUGUCCAGAGCAGACAGGUCAUCACCCCCUCCUCCAACGGCCAGGGCAACCAGCUGCAGCUGGUCAUCGUCAAGACCUACCUGAAUGAGAACGGCUACGCAGUGUCUGGGAAGUGUGACCGCACCUGCAGCACACUCAUCCCCUUCCUUAUCUUCCUAUUCAUCGUCACACUCAUCACCGCCUGCGCUCAGCCCUCCGCCAUUAUCGUCACUCUCAGGUCAGUAGAAGAGCAGGAGAGACCCUUUGCACUUGGGAUGCAGUUUGUUCUCCUCAGGACCCUUGCCUAUAUCCCUACUCCCAUCUACUUUGGGGCCGUGAUCGACACAACCUGUAUGCUGUGGCAGCAGGACUGUGGCAUCCACGGCUCCUGCUGGGAGUACGAUGUCACGUCCUUCCGCUUCGUCUACUUCGGCCUGGCUGCCAGCCUCAAGUUCAUUGGCUUCAUCUUCAUCUUCCUCACCUGGUACUCCAUCAAGUACAAGGAAGAGCGUCUGGAGCGCUGGCUGAAACACCUCUCGCCCAUGGACACGGUGAGCGACCUCAUCUGCCACGCCGGGGGUCACAAGGGGCACGCCCGCACCCGCUCCUGUCCCGUAAAUAUACCACGCAACGAACCUCCCAUCAUUCCCAUCCUCAACAGGGGCCUCAGCAGCCAGAGCUGCCCGGGAAACAGCCUGAAGAGCUUGAAAGCAAUAACCCCGCCGGCCCCUCGCCCUCCCACUCGCUCUCUGGAACAGGUGUCUGCCCGUAUCUGAGGGCUGGGUGUUGUUUCCAGCCCUCCCUGCUAGCAUCAGUCUUCAAUGUGUACCUUUCUUAUUCUGGUUCUCACUUGUAUAGUAUUAUAGUGUGCACACACACACACAGGCACUGGACGUCACUCAAACAGUCAGCGGUUGGUCAACACGUAUACAGGAAGACACUGGGAUGGAUACCUCGACUUAGCUAAUCCCCUCUUCCCUCUGCCUAGUUUUUUUGUGCUUUUUUGUUUUCAUCAUGGAAGUGAAUGAGUAUUAUCCCUGCAUAUCAUUUCUUUAGAAAAUUGCAAGUAUGAUUGUAAUGAUGGUAUUAUGGGAUGGUGCUAUGUGAAAAUGACAUGAAUAAUAUCCUUCAUUGCUCAGUUUUAUUGUUAAUUCUAAGACCUCAGCAGAAUGAGGUGAUUGAGCUAAGAAGCUUGGCCGGCUAGCACAACUAAAUCCUGUACUAUGCAAGGUCUUUUUGCCCUAUUAUACAAUGGCAAGCAGUAUUAAAGGCACACAGUGAGUGUUACCUUCCCUUCCCA